AUGUGCAGAGCAAGAGUAUUUCAUUUGGACAUUGCAACAUUUGGGUUGGUGGUCUGCCCAAAAAUUGCUACUGUCAAGUCCAACACUGUUCCUCUGCGUGUGGAGAAAAGACAGUCCACAAAUGCCAGACAACGGGGGCAAACCUUCCAUCAUAAAGAACUUGUGGAUAUGGUUCGGCUCAUUGAUGAGUUGAGUGCCACACGUGCCCCAAAAGGGCAGGUGAACCAGCAAAAACAUGACAUAAUGUCUCAAGUAGCUACCUAUCUUAAGAAAAAAUAUGGAACAUUCCACACUCCCAAACAAGUAAAAAAAAGGUUCUCCGACUUAAAGGUUCGCGAAACUCGUAGACUGGGGUCUAUUCGCCGACAGAUUGCUGAAGAACAUGAGCCAAAGGAAGACACACAGUUGCAGGCAAAAUGUACAGAUGAGGAGGAGCCAAGUGUUAGUGGCAAUUGCAACAAGCCAGAUGAGAAUCAGGAAAUGUUGGUUUGCCCGGAAACAGAAUAUUUUACAUUGCAUUUGCAACCCAUUGAUAGUGAAAAAUUUGAACAACUUCCAGAGCCACAAAGGGAGAAUCCAGAAACCAAAACUAUUAGAUUUCUGGAUCGGAGGCUAUGUCAAAUGCAAGAAGAGUUAACUAGCCAAAUGUCCACCUUAAUCCCAAAAAUGGAGGAGAAAAUAAAUGCAAAACUUGACCAUGUGCUCGCUCGAAUUACUGUUUUGGAAGAAAAAUGCAAUGUUUUGAAUCCGUAA